AUGGCCGAACCUAAGAGCACAUUUGAAUCCGCCAGAGAGUGGGUCGUAGAUCAUAAGCUUCGAACUGUGGGGUCUCUUUGGCUAAGCGGAAUAGCAGGUUCAAUCGCAUACAAUUGGUCCCGACCAAAGAAAACAAGUGUGAAGAUUAUUCAUGCUAGGUGAGUUUCUAUUACCUUUGAGAUUUAAGUUUAAAUUAUUGUUUGAUUGUAAGAUGUAGAAGAUGUAUGUUUAAACUCUGUUUAAUUUUACGCCUUGAAUGACAAAUUAAUCUACCGUAUAAUGAUUAAAUGGUUUGGCUUUUAAAGAAUGAGAAUGAAAUUUUAAGUCGGGCAAAAUCUUCAUAAGCGAUAACAUUAUGCUGUGAUUUUUUUUUAUAUAUAUAAUAUUGAAUAGCAACCAAACAAUUGAUUGAUUGACACAUUUUUGUUUUGGUUGUUCUGAGAAAUAAAUUGGCCUGAGAUGGGGUUUAAACUACAUCUAUGUGGAGGAAAAAGCUUCUAUCGAUGUAUAAAAUACUCCCAUGAGGAUUAGGCUGUCUCAUAUAUGGAGGGAAACUUGGUCUACACUCACAAACGAUGAUAAGCUAUUUUGAGAAAAUUAGUGAAAUUCCUAAAAUUCCUCGCGGUUAUAAUCCAGCAACUUGGAUGCUUGAGGUUACUACACCUGCUACUGAAGAAAGACUUGGUAUUGACUUUGCAACUAUCUAUAGAAAUUCAGAGCAAUACAGGGAGGUUGAAGCUUCUAUUGAGCAUUUUAGUACUCCAGCUUCUGGUUCAGAACCAUUAAAAUUCUCUUCCACUUAUUCACAAGAUAGACUCUCUCAAUUUUUGAUAUGUUUGUGGAAACAAAAUCUGGUAUAUUAUAGAAGUCCAGCAUACAAUGCCAUAAGAUUAAUUUUCACGACAGUGAGCGCAUUGAUAUUUGGUUCAGUAUUUUGGAAUAUUGGCUCUAGAAGAAAGCAUAUUAUUGGAUUGAAGCUGAAAUCAUAUUAAAAAAUAUCAACCAAGAUUUUUAUUACAUGUCGUGUGAUUUUUGUAAUAAGAAACUUAUGUUCUACAACGACAACGAAGAAACAGAUUGUGAAAAUCCAAAAUGCGGAAAAAGAUGUCUUCCUACACCACGUGCAAGGACAUAUGUACAACUCGACGAUGGUACAGAGUUGCUAGAUGCUGUGAUGUUCGGUGAUGUUGCAGAAAACAUAUUCUCAUGUACUGCAGUUCAAUUAAGAUCAUAUUCGGACGAGAAACAUAAGUUGUUUGUCCAAAAAACUACGAAGCAAUUAUCAGCCAAAAAAUGGAGAAUUCAGUUGUACGUAGAUGCAAACCGAACAAUGACUUCAAAGUACAAUCAGUUCACCAUUCAAGCAGUUGAACCAAUGGAAGAUUAGGAAGAAGUUACCUUUUUUUUUUUUUUUUGUUACAGUAAUUUUAUUUUAUUUAGUGUUGAGACUUUUCUUGCUGCUGAGCUUGUUUUUCUUUCUCUUGACUUGUUAUUUAUGGAUUUACAUGGAGUAGUGUAUGCAAGUAUUUCAUAUACCCAAUUUUCUAAAAGUAAAUAAUAAGUAUUAUUUUAUUAUGAUUUA